CGAUCUUCGGAGCGGAUGCGACGCUGCCAAGCCAAAGAUCCUGCUCUCUCGGCUCCAGCCAGCAGCAUCCGCGAGGAGUGAGGAUAAACAAAAAACAAAUCGCUCCUCCUUCGAACAUGGCUGGACGGACCAUCAACUUGUCUUUUAUUUUGCUCUCGUCGUUGUUGCUCGUCUCGGCCAAAGAUGAUGGCACGGAAUUCAAGGACUUCGUGCAGUGGUUUGAAGAGGGUGCGACGGCCUACCUGGACGAGCACUGGCAAGAGUGCCUCCACGCCAUGCAGAAGUCGAUGGCCGACUUCAAGCAGUACAAGUCCGAGGUGGUGCUCUGCCGCCUCCGAUGCAAGGACGAGGCAGAAGCUGCGCAGCCUCUUUCAAUGAUCGACGUGGAGGACUUGGGUUUCUUCGAGAGGCAAAUCAGGACUACCCUGUGUAUGAUGAAGUGCAACGAGGGUACGGUGCACGAAAAGAGAGGGGUGUACAAGGAGGAAGUGCUGAAGAAGUUUGAGAGCUUGGCGCCGUAUGACUACUUGCAGCUCUGCUAUUUUCAGAGAAAUAUGCUGAAACAAGCUGCGGACGCCGCUUUCACUUUUUUGGUCGCAAAUCCACAUCAUACGAGCAUGAAGAAAAAUUUUGAUUUUUACCUAUCUCUGCCGGAAGUGGACAGAAACGAUAUAACCAAUCUUGAAGCAAAGAAAUUUGUGUCACUUUAUGUACACGGAGUUGAUGCGUACGAUAAGAAAAAUUUUGAGGCAGUUAUCCAGUAUUUUGAAGAGUCACUUGCAGAUUAUAUGCAAAAUGAAAAAGAGUGCCGAGCUUACUGCGAGGGACCUUUCGAUCAGGGCUGGUUCCCUGAAUUUGUGCCAUCCAUUUCAAAUCAUUUUGCCUAUUGCUUAAAAUGCAAGUCCAACUGCACCUACAAUUUGAACAGUUUGAAUGGCGAAAGGCACACCGACCUCUUGCCCAGCCACUACCACUACCUCCAGUUUGCCUACUUCAAAGUUGGGAAGCUGAAAGAGGCAUGCGAGGCAGCCAUGAGUUAUCUCCUCUUUUACCCUGCUGAUGAGGAAAUGUUGGAAAAUCUCAAAUACUACAAGUCCCUUCCAAAAGCACGCAAGGAAUAUUUUCAUCCUAGACAAGAAGCAUUUGAAUACAUUCAAAGGUUCCAGUAUGAGCAGAAGAUUCUCAAUUUCAUAUCUACAGAAUACAAUUACAAACAAGCAGGAAAUAAAAAGGGGGACGACGGUGAGACAAUUUCGAAGCAAGAAGAGGACAACAAGGUUGAUGAGGAUGAAAGUUCCUGACUAUUAAGGCUCAGCAUUGUGCGAAAAUUUUGAAGAGUUUGCGCUCUGCUAUCGACCACUGCCAAUGCCAAAGACUCAGUGAUUUUGUUAGAUAGAGGAAAUAAUUAUAUCUUUUUUAAAUGUUUACUAACAUAAUUAUAUAUUUUACGUUUUCUUGCAUGUAAAGGAGUGCGGAGAAUAAAUGUAUCUAUUGCACGGUUUUAAACUUGUCACACAAUAAAACAAGAGUUACAAACAUAAA